CGCACGACCACCAAUGCUCGAGGAGCGUCGCGACGUUGGCUGGCAGUGUAACGACGUUAACGGGAGAGUCGGGCCUAUUCGGUAAUUUCGAGGAAAACGCGGAGUCUUCGAGCGGGUCGUUCUCUCGAAAAUCGGAUCGCCCUGGCGCAGUUGUGCCGAAUUCGGUGUAGUGCACCUAUCGAAGUAACUCACCUCGGCGUGGCCCGAAGCGUGAACCUAGGUGUGACUGCGCAGUCGCCAUGUACACAGGCAAGACGAAGUAAAAAGAGAUGCAAAGGAUGUAGCAAUUUCACUGGACUGAAAAUGGCAAAGAAAAAAGUGGCAUUGAUCCAUUAAUUAAGUCUAGUUGUAUUCGCAGUCCAGGAAAAUAUUUUUCUGCGAAACAACACUACUAGCAUUAGCUAAAUAUGUCAAGACCGAUUGAGGUCCAACCAUCACAACAACAGCAAUCUCAGCAACCGCAACAGCAUUCACAACCUCAGUCACAGCAGCAGCAGCAGCAGCAACCCCAGCAGCAACAAUCGCAACAACCGCCGCCGCAGCAGUCACAGCAGCAGCAGCAGCAACAACAGCAGCAACAACCACCGCCCUCGCAACAGCAACAGCAGAUGAUGCUUACAACUCAUGAGAUGCAGCAACAAAACGUUCAACAGCAGCAGCAAGUGCAACAACAAGUUCAGCAGCAACAGCAACCACAAGUUCAACAAGUCCAACAAUCGGUCCAACAACAGCAGCAACUUCAGUCACAGGUUCAGCCACAACAGCAGUUGCAGCAGGUACAGCAGCAAGUGCAACAGCAAGUACAAGUUCAACAGGUCCAACAAGUGCAGCAGCAACAGCAACAACAACCUCAAGGAAAUGGGCCGCAUAAUGUAGUCUCAACACAAGUUCAAGUUCAGCCGCAAGUUGCUGCCAUAAUGCCACAGCAACAAACAGCUGUUGCCGUAUCGAUGCAGCAUCAGCAGCAGCAACAGGGUGUUGGGGGAGUUUCAAUGACAUUGUCGGGUCAACAAGGUGCAACAACGAUAACUACAAUGGCUGCUCAUCCUCAAGCUAUGCAAGUUAUUCAACAACCACUUCAGAGCCAGGCAUAUCACCUACAACAAUUAUACAAUACUCAAGGAACGCCUUUGUUAAUGCCCGGAAAUCUGGCGCUUCAUCCAGCUGGCAUUAAUCCAUCAUCCAUUCAGGUGAUAACUGCGGGUAAACCAUUCCAAUCAGCGGCACAACUGACACCCCACAUGUUAACAACAGCGUCAACACCUGGACAAGGAGGUGGACAUCCUGGUGCAGGCGGUGCUAAAGUCCAAGGGUUUCCUGCGGGAUAUCUACCAGUACCUACAUCUGCUACACCUGGGGCAGGACAGACGUUGGUUUUCGGUCAACUCGGAGUUUCGGGCUCGUCUCAGGCACCACCUUCGAUGCAACAGCAGCAACAACAACAGUCUAACAACAAACAAGAUCAAGUUCAAAAAUAUACCACCUGUGCUGCUGGAACACCGACCGGUGGGAGAAGUGGAGGGAUGCAGUUUGCACCUUGGCAGUUCGCUCCUCAAGUUGCAUGGACGGGACUACAGCCUCCGACUCUGCUCACUGCAGCGCCAAACCAAAUAUUUAUAAGGGGACCAACUCAGCCUGACAUGUUCAUUCAAAGUCCGCAACCCAUACAAACUCAUAUUACCUUGGCUACGCAACAGCAAAUACAAGGAGUGCAACAAAUUGCUGCAGGUGGGAAGCCAAGGGUAAUGGACGUGCAACAACAGCAGCAACAGCAACAGCAGGGUAAACAGGCUACGACUGGGCAGAGGCCUCUCAGUAUCCUUCCAUCUUCGCUGCAAGGAGUACAGGGGGCUAAUAUCAGGCCUGCUAGCUCCGUUUCGACACAGACGGUCCAUGGAGUCCAAGCCACGGUCCACACGCAGAGUGGGAAAGGAGGUAACAGCGGAGGCAAAGGACGAGGCAAACCAAUGAUCCGGACGAGUCCUGGCCCAAAUGCAUCCGCAGCAACAACCAAAGCAGACGCAGCAAAUCAAACAAAAUCCAACGUCCACCAUGCUACCAUGAUUAUGCAGCAACAGUCGACAGUGAGCAACAGUAUUGGAAAUAACAAAGUCCUUAUCGCUGCGAAUUCACCCAUCGUUAGCUCUGCGCAACAACCCGGUUCACCCAUGGUAGUUUCUGAUAAACAGAAUUUUGCACAGCAAAAUAAAAGCGUGAUGCAGACGCAACAACAGCAGCAACAAAGUCAACAACAGUCGAUGCAACAGCAGCAGCAAGUAUUCAUACAGCAGAUGCAGCAUAUUCAGCAGCAGCAGCAACAACUACAGCAACAAUACCAACAGCAGCAACAACAACAGGCUUCUCAGCAGCAAAUACAGCCCAAACCGAUUAUGACUGGCAUGAGUUUGCAACAACAACAACAAGGGGUAGUUCUUGGAGCCGAUCGCCCUAUAAUGCCAGUAGUUUCAAUGGGAGGAGUAGGAGUUGCUACUGCGUUGCAAAUGAGUCAGAUGCAACAAGCCCCUAUGUCUGCAGUGCAACAAUUGCAACUACCGACGAUUAAUCCAACAAUAAUAAGCAAUCAGAUAGUCAGCGGAACAUCGCAAGUACAAACGAUGUCGAUGGUUAACCAGACGACAGACGCUACUCAACACGAAAGCAACAAUUCUCCUAUGGUAGUAACUUCGCCCGAACGUAGUCACCAAGCUGAGUGUUCAUUAAUGCUGUCAUCUAACGCAAGUGCGCCUCUUAACAACGAGGAUAGUUUAAAAGUUAUCUCGUUAAAAGAGGAGAUGACACCUAUGGUCGUCGACGAGACAAUUGCACCUAGUACGGACGGUGCAGACGCUGAUCAAUGUAAGAACGUUAAGAAAGAGGAAGGUGAGAAUACAUCUUCAAAGAUUGAAGACAAGCCUUGUAGCAAUCCUUUAACUGGUCUGGCCAAUACAGUAAACUCUAUAACAAAUGGUGCUUCUAAUGAGGAGACGACGACCAUUUCUGUUUCCACGCCUUCCAUAGUUAAUAAUAAACAAGUGCCACCUAAAGCCAUGGUGAAGCCCCAGGUUUUGACACAUGUUAUCGAGGGAUUUGUCAUACAAGAAGCUUCGGAACCAUUUGCGGUUAAUCGGUCGUCGUUAAGUGGUUCAGUCUGUCAGGUUGGUCAGGAUACGAGCAAUACUUUAAAUCGUAGUAUGAUGUCGUCGGAUAAAGAUGCCCUUGAAGAACCGCCAAGAAAGAAGCACGCUUCUAAUUAUUCCACUGAAGUAGAUGGGAAUAGUGGGCAAUAUAUGAAGUGUGAAUGUUGCGGAAAUAGCGUCGAUGAACAGAAUGGAAAGUAUAAAAAAGAAAAACGCUUUUGUUCCUCAACUUGUGCGAAGAGUAAACGAAAGGAUAUGCGAGACCGCGAAGGGGGUGACAAAGAAUGGACGGAAAUGGAGACGGAUACAAAAAGUAGCAACGGCAGUGCUCUUAAGAAAAUGAGUGAAGAAAGAUUGCCGUCCGCAACGACUACCACUUCCACGGCGGAUGACGUGACCCCGAGGAUCAAUCCGAUCAAGUGGACGGUUAGCGAGGUAUGUGAUUUUAUAAGAGGUUUACCAGGCUGUGCGGAUUAUGCCGAGGAUUUCGCAAUUCAAGAAAUUGACGGACAAGCACUUAUGCUACUUAAAGAAGAUCAUCUCAUGUCUGCGAUGAGCAUCAAGUUGGGGCCAGCCUUGAAGAUCGUAGCUAGAAUUGAUUCUAUGAGAAUAGAUUCGGUUACAAAUUCAGCUCCUGCAUCUAAUGUUAGUUCAUAAGUUGAUCGGCUUCUCGAUACUUCGAGAAGAAGUAAAAAGUGUAGAAAACGUAGCCAUUCGAAGCUACAGGGUCUGUGCAAGUAAUUUCGUUAACGUGAUACGAUGCGGCUUGUAACCGUAGCUUGACGAGAAAUCUUUAAAAAUAGUUGCAUAGUCCAUUUCCGUGUAUUACAUGGCGUUCGACAAAUGAUGAGUUUCUUCCCAUUAAUUAGAACGAUACAUGUCAUAUGUAAGUACGGACUACAUCGUUAAGUUAUUGAUACGGUUGGAAUGCCUAAUCUGUGUCAGGUUAUACGUUGUGUUAUAUGUCACAUUGUAUACUGUACGUCUCAUCACCAAUGUAUGUUCUACGUAACGAAUGCUGUAGUAAUACAGUAUUAAAUUAUAGGGGUCACAUAUAUUUAAGUCAUUGAUACUAUUAGGACCAUAUGCGUCGCAUAAGCGCCAUACGUAAGGUAAAUGUACCAGCAGCUGACCAAUAUCAACGUUUGAUCAUCUUUUAUUGUAAAAACCGCAUGAAACUAAGUAUACCAGGAACGAUCUGGUGACUUACCAUUUUUAAGUACAAGUGAAGGCUGUUCUCUAAAUGGUGCAAGACACUAUAUUUCGUGAUUUGUAUGAAAUUACACGUGUGCUUUACCUGUUUAACAUCGAGGCAGUAAUCACGAGUACGCGAGGAAAUUCGAAUAUAUUCCAAGCAUCAAAUACAAAGUAUUUAAAUUCGAGUAUUUCGAAGUAUGCGUACUGGAAACGUCAUCAUUCGAUGUUGUAAUUAGCCUAGUCGGCGUUGUCCACUGUACUGGUCAGUUGUCAGUAGACAUACCUUGCCUAAUUCUUUUUCUAUGACAAUGUGAAUCCAAGUACACCAAUCAUGCGUGUCAAUGUAAAUAUUAACUAUAGUGUUUAUUUAAAGUAUCAGAUUUUAUAAGGUGAAAAUAUAGUAAUUUUAAAGUCAA